AAACAUUUGUACGUCAGGACUUUCAGAGGGCUUUCAUAAAAACUGCUGCCUUGAGAAAAACAAAAUAAUUGUGAAGAACUGUGGACGGUUUAUGGCCUACUGCUUGAAACCCUUGAAUUUAUGCGAGGAUAGAUACUGCUUCGGAAAGCCUGAACCUUGUUUUGCUGAUGACGACGAGUAUGUAAAGAAAAAUCCUUUGCCGCACAAAAAGUGGUUUACAGAAAAUACAGUGAUCAUUGCUGUAGUCUUAUUAAUUACAAUGGCAACCAUUGGAGGUCUGCUAGUGUUCUUCCUAUAUCGGAGGAAACAUUUCAAAAGAUAUUGCAAUAAAUCCGCCAUCUAUGAGAAACCAGUCCCAUGCCAGAAAAUGGACAACGAUUAUGAGACACUACAUGUUCAAUGGAUCAACAAGGAGAAUAAUUAUGUGAAACUUCCAGAGAAAUCAGGCGGCUUUACGCUCAAUUCAAAAUCUACUGAUGUUCACACAGUGAGCUAAGAGUGAACAUCUGCACUUUUAAUAAUAACAACAUUGUAGAUGCAAAUCUAUAAAUAAUCAUUAAAAUUAGCAUACAUUUCAAAAAUAUAUUUAACCGUGGAAGAAGAUAUUCAAAGAGUUGU